GUUUGCUGGGAGCUACCCAGGUUGACUGGUACAUGAGCUGGAUCCUAUUAUUUGCUUCCCUAACCUCCCUUCUACGACAUACCGACAAACACAAACAUAACCUUUCACCGACGCACAUAGAUGAGCCGCACCCGUCAGCGCUCAUUGCUUGAUGCGACUCGAUGACCCGUGAGAUCUCUUUCUGAAGAUUGUGCGCGCACUUGCAAUUCGUCACUCUGCUCUGCACUCGACGGCUCCGUCCCCCCCAGCUCCGCGGCUAUCUACCUCUGAGGUCAUGUCCAACACUCCGGCUCCGCCUGAGGACCAGGCGAGGCUGCUCGAAGAUGCUCUGGUCGCCGUUCGCCAGCAGACGGCGCUCAUGCGCAAAUGUCUAGAAACCCCCGGAAAGCUCAUGGACGCUCUGAAGUGCUGCUCAACCCUCGUCUCCGAACUGCGCACGAGCAGCCUGGGACCAAAGCAGUACUAUGAACUCUACAUGGCUGUUUUCGAUGCCCUACGGUACCUUUCCGUCCACCUUAAAGAGAACCAUCCCCACAACCAUCUCGCCGACCUCUACGAGCUGGUCCAGUAUGCCGGCAACAUCGUCCCGCGCCUAUAUCUCAUGAUCACCGUCGGCACCGCGUAUAUGUCGGUCCCCGAUGCCCCCGUGAAGGAGCUCAUGAAGGACAUGAUGGAUAUGACCCGUGGUGUCCAGCACCCUAUCCGAGGGCUGUUCCUUCGCUACUACCUCUCUGGCCAGGCGAGAGAUUAUCUACCCACCGGCGAUAGCGAUGGCUUAGAGGGAAACCUACAGGACUCAAUUAGCUUUAUCCUGACUAAUUUUGUCGAGAUGAACAAGCUCUGGGUCCGCUUACAGCACCAGGGCCACUCGAGAGAACGGGAGCAGCGAACGCGGGAGCGCAAAGAACUACAACAGCUUGUUGGCAGCAACAUCGUGCGAUUGAGCCAAUUGGUCGACCUAGAAGCCUAUAAGAACGGCAUCCUGGGCCCCUUACUAGAACAAGUCGUCCAGUGCAGAGAUGUUUUAGCACAGGAGUACCUGCUGGAAAUCAUCACCCAGGUGUUCCCCGACGAGUUUCACUUACACACACUCGAUCAGUUUCUCGGUGCCGUCUCACGCUUAAACCCUCAUGUCAAUGUGAAAGCGAUUGUAAUCGGGCUCAUGGACAGACUAUCCGCCUACGCCGAGCGGGAGUCGCAACAGAAUGUUGCUGAAGAUAAGGCGAAACUGGAGGAGGAAGCGCUCGCCGAUUUGCUCGAGAAGGUCCGAAUAGGGAAGGAGCAACAGAUAUCCAAGCCCGCGUCGACGGAACCGGCUGCCGAGCCGAACGGCGACCAAUCGAAUGGGGAAUCUGGGACAGAUGCCGAAACCGCUAUCCCAGAAUCCGAAUCGGCAGCACCCUCGAUCGCCGAAACUGAAACUACAGCAGUCGACGACGCGCAAGAAUCACCUACACCAGCUUCUGAUGCCGAUCGUGGUAUACCCCAGGACGUUAAGCUAUAUGAGAUUUUCUUUGAGCAAGUGAAUAAUCUCGUUAGCGCACAGCAUCUGCCUAUUCAGGACACAAUUGCUCUGCUCGUCUCCCUCACAAACCUAGCUCUCAAUAUUUACCCAACUCGAUUAGACUACGUUGACCAAAUCUUUGAAUAUGCCAACCGUAAAGUUAAAGAACACGCUAAUAGCCCUGACCUUCAUUCCGCUCCUGCCCAGCACAGUCUACUCGCUCUACUUCAAGCCCCUCUGAAGAGAUAUGCAUCUCUGUUCACUGCCCUAUCUCUCCCCACAUACGUCCCGCUUAUCCAGUCUCAGACUUAUCCUACAAGAAGAGCGGUCGCUGGCGAGGUGGCCAGGAGUCUGCUGCGAGACCAGAUAUCUAUCUCAACGACAACGCAACUAGAAAAUGUCUUAGAGGUUCUGAAAGUAUUGAUUAAGGAAGGCACGCAGCAGCCGUCCGGAUAUCCUGGUGGUCCUCAGCGCCGUGCCAUGGAGACGGACGAAACGAUGGAAGAGCAAGGUUGGCUCGCGAGGAUUGUCCACUUACUGAAUGGUGAAGACAACGAUACCCAGUUUCGUCUCCUUCAGACUGCACGCAAGGCGUAUGCCGAAGGUAAUGAGCGCAUCCGAACAACAACGCCUCCUCUCAUCACGGCUGGUAUGAAACUGGCACGCCGCUACAAGUCACGCGAGCACUACGAUGACAAUUGGGAGACUCAGCUAAGCGCCUUGUUCAAGUUCAUGCAUUCUGCUAUCUCAUCGCUCUACACUAGAGUCAAUGGCUCUGGUGCUGCGGAACUUGCUCUUCGUCUUUUCACCGCGUGUGGACAAACGGCAGACAUGGUCGGCUCCGAGGAGGUGGCGUACGAAUAUUUCGCCCAAGCGUUCACAGUUUACGAAGAGGCCAUAUCGGAUUCAAAAGCACAGUUCCAGGCGGUCUGUGUCAUCGCUAGUGCACUGCACCAGACAAGGAACUUUGGUAAGGAGAACUACGAUACUUUGAUUACUAAGUGCGCGCUGCAUGGAAGCAAGCUUCUGCGGAAGCCAGAUCAAUGCAGAGCAGUGUACUUGGCAAGUCAUCUGUGGUGGGCGACGCCGAUCCCCACGAGCGAGGAGUCAGAUGAAGACCUCUAUCGUGACGGAAAGCGGGUCCUCGAAUGCCUGCAGCGGGCGCUCAGGGUAGCAGAUUCGUGCAUGGAACAGGCGACCUCGAUUGAGUUGUUUGUGGAGAUCCUCGAUCGCUACGUCUAUUACUUUGACCAAGCCAAUGAGGCCGUUACGACCAAGUACAUCAAUGGACUGAUCGAGUUGAUACACUCCAACCUCGGUACGAAUCAACAGGAUUCAGCUAGCAUCGAAAACAGCAAGAGGCAUUUCAAGCAUACCCUCGAGAAUAUUGCUGGCAGGCAAUAUGAAGGGAUAGUGUUGAACCCCCAGAAAUGAUUCAGCGACUGUACGGGGCAACGGGGUAAUUUGAAGUACUUGCGGUUAAGUCAGAGGAGAUUGCCCAGGUCUGCUACGGAGACGGGGAGAGUGAGGUGCUGAUCAAAAUGUACGCUGGUGUGUUAUGAAUUAGGUAGGGGCAGUGACGCGGAGCAGAGAGAGGGAGAGAGAGAGAGAGAGAGA